CGCCGCGCCGCCCUCCGCCUCGCCGCCGUUCCCGAUUCCGGCCGCCUCCCAAGCCCAAAUCCCACGGCGCGGAUCUUCUGUAACCUUGCCCCUCCUCCCCUUCGCCGGCUGCCUGGUUCUCCCACCUAGGAGCCGAGUUAGGGUUUUCGUCGCGGAUUUCUAGGGUUUGGGAUCGCGUUCUGCGGCGGGUGGGCACGCAUGGGCGUCUCUGCUUGACGUGCGGGAGGUAGAAGAGGGGAGCGGAGAUGCUGACGGAGAAGCCGAGCUGGGUUCGCCAUGAGGGGCUGCAGAUCUUCUCCAUCGACAUCCAGCCCAGCGGCCUCCGCUUCGCCACGGGCGGCGGCGACCAGAAGGUUCGCAUAUGGAACAUGAAGUCAGUAAGUAAAGACGGUCAAAACGAUGAUGCCAACCAGAGAUUGCUGGCAACAGUACGAGACCAUUUUGGAUCGGUAAACUGUGUGAGAUGGGCCAAGCAUGGCCGGUUUCUUGCUUCAGGAUCAGACGAUCAAGCUAUCCUAAUUCAUGAAAGGAAAGCUGGUUCUGGUACAUCUGAGUUUGGAAGUGGAGAACCUGCGGAUAUAGAAAAUUGGAAGGUUGUAAUGACAUUAAGAGGGCAUACUGCGGAUGUGGUAGAUCUGAAUUGGUCCCCUGAUGACUCGACGCUGGCUAGCGGCAGCUUGGACAACACAGUUCACAUCUGGAGCAUGACCAACGGUAUUUGUACUGCUGUCUUGCGAGGGCAUUCCAGCUUAGUUAAAGGAGUUACUUGGGAUCCUAUUGGAUCUUUUAUUGCAAGCCAGUCAGAUGACAAGACGGUUAUCAUAUGGCGUACAAGUGACUGGAGUCUUGCUCACAAGACCGAAGGCCAUUGGUCAAAAUCUCUUGGUUCGACAUUUUUUAGGCGGCUUGCUUGGUCGCCCUGUGGCCACUUCAUAACUACGACUCAUGGUUUCCAGAAACCUAGGCACUCAGCCCCGGUGCUUGAACGGGGCGAGUGGUCUGCAACAUUUGACUUUCUUGGACAUAACGCGCCUGUGGUUGUGGUGAAGUUUAAUCAUUCGAUGUUCCGUAAGCAUUUAGCUACUGGUCAAGAUGCAAAGGCUGCACCAGCUGGGUGGGCCAAUGGAGCAUCAAAAACAUCAGCAAAAGAACAGCAACCAUACAAUAUUAUUGCUAUCGGAAGUCAAGACCGGACAAUUACUGUUUGGACGACAGCAGGUGCCCGGCCAUUGUUUGUUGCUAAGCAUUUCUUCUCUCAAAGUGUGGUUGAUUUAUCUUGGAGCCCGGAUGGUUAUUCACUUUUUGCCUGCUCUCUGGAUGGAUCAGUUGCCACCUUUCACUUCGAAGCAAAGGAGCUCGGGUACAGGCUAAGUGAUUCUGAACUGGAUGAACUGAAGAGGAGUAGAUAUGGUGAUGUUAGAGGGAGGCAAUCAAAUCUAGCUGAAAGCCCUGCACAACUGCUGCUAGAAGAAGCAUCGGUGAAGCAAUUGGCUGGGAAGAAGGGAACACCCGCCGCUGUCCAGCAAUUUCAAGUGCCCCCAAAAGUUCCUGCAGACGUACCCAAACCACCAACUCCAGCUGUGCAAAUUCAGAAAGCUCCUGAACCUCUACCUGAAGAAGAGAAGAAAACAGCGGCUGAUGACACCACCAAAGUUACCCGAAUAUCUAGUCCAGUGAAACAAAGGGAGUACCGACGUCCUGAUGGUCGGAAAAGAAUAAUACCUGAGGCAGUUGGGUUUCCUUCUGGCCAGGAAAACAUUUCCAACCGUUCUCAGAAUCAGGCUGUUGAUUUCUCACCCCUAGAUCAGCGGAUGCGCCCUGGAGAGAACGGAAUAAGAUCAUCCUACAGUACUGCUGGUAAUAAUUGUAAUAACUACGGACGCACUGGCAUCACAGCGAGAGCCAACAUUAGCGAGAGUCUUGUCAUUCAAAAGGCUUCCGCCAAUGCUGGUAGUGAUGGAAGGUUGAGUGUUGAACACACCGGAUCUGUACUUCCAGGCUCGCUGGCCUCCUCUUCUGUGCUUUCUAUUACUGUACACAAUAAGAAGGAAAAUGAGGGUUCGUUGCCUGUCUGCCUUGAAGCAAAGCCAGUAGAACGCUCUGCAGGUGACAUGGUUGGAGUCGGUGGGUCAUUCUCAACAAAAGAAACUGAGAUUAAAUGUUCAAGAGAAAAGGAAACUCUUUGGUCGGACCGCAUCGCUGGAAAAGUUACUGUCUUGGCUGGUAAUGCAAACUUCUGGGCAGUUGGCUGCGAAGACGGUUGCCUGCAGGUUUACACAAGAUGUGGAAUGAGAGCGAUGCCAGCGAUGAUGAUGGGCUCAUCUGCCGUUUUCAUAGAUUGUGAUGACUGCUGGAAACUGCUUCUUGUAACAAGAAGAGGGUUGAUGUACAUAUGGGACCUCUAUAACAGGACGUGCAUUCUGCAAGAUUCUUUGGCAUCUCUGGUUGCCUCUCCAGACGACACAUCAUCAGCAAAAGAUGCCGGUACAGUAAAGAUUAUAUCUGCCGCAUUCUCAAGAUGUGGUUCACCCUUGGUUGUCCUUGUCAACCGACAUGCUUUCCUCUAUGACAUGAGCAUGAAGUGCUGGCUGAGGAUCGCCGACGAUUGCUUUCCUGGAUCGAAUUUUUCUAGCUCGUUUAGUUCGACUCAAGGUGGAGAGCUAGGGAAGUUGCAGAUCGACAUAGGAAAGUUCAUGGCUAGAAAGCCUAUGUGGAGCAGGGUUACUGAUGAUGGGGUGCAGACACGUGCCCAUCUCGAGACCCAGCUAGCGGCUUCGUUGGCUUUGAAGUCUUCACAAGAAUAUCGCCAACACCUCCUAUCCUACAUAAGGUUUUUGGCAAGAGAAGCAGACGAAUCUCGUCUACGUGAAGUCUGUGAGAGCUUUCUUGGUCCUCCCAUUGCCAUGGUUGAUGCUGCAUCUACUGAUGCUAAGAAUCCAUCAUGGGAUCCUGAUGUGCUUGGAAUGAAGAAACACAAGCUUCUUAGGGAAGAUAUACUUCCUUCGAUGGCGACGAACCGCAAGGUCCAGCGGCUGCUGAACGAGUUCAUGGACCUCUUGUCGGAGUAUGAAGGGGCUGAUGCAAACGUUGACAAGAUGGACGUGACACCUCCAGCAACCGAAGCCAAAGACACCGCUGACAAGAUGGACGUGACACCUCCAGCAACAGAAACCAAGGACGCCGCAGAUGUUGACAAGAUGGACGUGAUACCUCCAGAAGCCAAGGACGCCGCUGCCACAUAGCAAACUCCUUCCUAGUGUGUCUGCCAUUCUCCAGUCCAGCCGCUGGAGGUUUAUUUACUGACCCUCGGUAAGCAUAGGAGUGAAGCGCAUACAGCAUGUCUUAUUUUGAGAACUUCUCGCCCAUGGUUGUUUUGAUUUUCUGCUUGUAGUUGGUAGUUUCCCCCCUUGUUCGUCGAGGUGGCCUCGGUGGCACACCGUAACCGGUUCGCUGUAAGCCUGUAACGCGAGUGUAAUAGUAGAGAGAAAGCGAGGUCGCCUGAUGAUCAUGUAACCGUACAUCUGUAGAUGGUCUGAUGAACUUAAGCUCAUUUUGGUCCUU